AUGUUUUUUCUAGUGGUGGUGUUUUUACAAAGUACAGGAACCUUAGGUUUCGAUUACCACGACCCUCACUGUGGAGGGAAGCAAGUAAUCGUUCAUCUCUUUAACUGGAAAUGGACAGAUAUUGCCUUGGAGUGUGAACGAUACUUGGGACCAAAAGGAUUUUGCGCAGUGCAGAUUUCUCCCCCAAACGAACAUCUCGUUGAACAGCCCAAACGUCCAUGGUCAGAAAGAUACGCCCCUGUCAGUUACAAACUCACUAGCAGGAGCGGGACAGAGGCGGAGCUGAAAGACAUGGUUGCAAGGUGUAAGGUGGCAGGAGUCAGAAUCUACGCAGACGCCGUCAUUAACCAUAUGUGUGGUGUGGGAUUUAGCGGAGUUGGUUCAGCAGGAAGCCAUUUUGACGCUGAAAAACGCGACUUCCCGGGAGUUCCCUACAGUGUGACAGAUUUUAACAUGGGCAGUCGGUGCCCAAAUGCUGAUGACCAAAUUCACAACUAUGACAACCUUGACGAAGUCAGAAACUGCAGCCUCGGCGGCCUGACCGACCUCAACCAGAGAGUUGAGUGGGUACGACAGAAGAUCGCCGAUUACCUGAACAGUCUGAUAGACAUAGGAGUGGCAGGGUUCCGAAUUGACGCUGCCAAGCACAUUUGGCCUGAGGACUUAUCCAAUAUCUUCUCCAGGCUGCAUUCUGUUGAUGGAGGAACUCCGUUUGUUUACAACGAAGUGGUGCCUCAAGGAGCCGUUAAACUAGAAGAGUACUUCCCCCUUGGUUAUGUCACUGAAUUCAGAUAUGGCGACUCUGUCCGAGCAGCUGUCAACAACUUUAACGAGCUGAGGGGUGUAGUGCACUCCGGUAUGUUGACUACAGAAAACGCUCUGGUGUUUGUUGACAACCACGACACACAGAGAACUGGACAACUCAACUUCAAGAGCCCAGCAGAAUACAAAAGAGCCCAAGCGUUUACCCAAGCCUUUAACUACGGGUUUACAAGUGUAAUGAGCAGCUACCAGUUCACAGAGCAGUCAGACCCACCACCACACGAUGGCGACGUUAUCAAGGAUGUCAUCAUCAACGCUGAUGGAUCUUGUGGCAAUGGAUGGGUCUGUGAGCACAGGUGGAAGCCAAUCGGCAACAUGGCUAGAUUCAGAAAUGACGUGGUCAACACUGGACUAUUGAACUGGAACGUGCAGGGUGACAUCAUCUCAUUCAGCAGAGGCAACGUCGGCUUCUUUGCCAUGGGCAAGACAACUUUCAACAUCAAUGUCAAUACAGGUCUCCCGCAAGGGGAUUACUGUGAUCUCAUCAGCGACUGUGCUAUGAAAAUCCAAGUCGAUGGCAGUGGUAGAGCACAGGUCAGGCCGCACGACGCAGGCGAGCCGUUUGUGGCUUUCACAACAACCAGUAAGAAUGGAGGUGACCGCAGCGCGCCGACAUUGAUCUUUAAGAGAACUGUGAUACUGAUUGAGGACAAGAGUGGCGCAGGCGCUGAUCUGUUCAUCAGAGGAGGAAUCGGGCACAGCCAUCGACCAGACUGUACUACAGAUGCGGUGACAAGUUCCUGCAGUAUUCCCAUUCGUCACCGGACACCCGGAACCUCCUCUUAUUAUAACAAGGUCAACACGUGGUCCAAGGGAGACAAUUUUCUAGACUGGUAUGGUCCAGAGGCUGCCCAGGAAGAGUUCCAGACGACCAAAGCCGAUGGAACACCCGCGUACAGAUCUACAAAUAUCCCCGGACAACCUGGCUAUUUCUCCCUCAACACAUACGGUCCUAAUUACUGGGUCAUAGACGUCGAUAUGGAUUGUUCAAGAACAGACGGCGACUAUUUUGAGUUCAAGGCCAUCGCAAAUGGUGUCUGGGAGGAAGACGUCUCACCGUCUGGGCGAUGUUCAGGAGAUAGCCCAGGAAACCUGCCCUACCCCUCUGUCAAUCACUUCGCCAAAUGCGGCUACUUGAAUGUGUUCCAUCUGAACUCAAGGGAGUGCCAGGCCAGGUCGCUUCCAUGA